CAUCAGUGCGAACGCAGACCGGAGGCGCGACGGGACAGCGACGCGUAGUUUUUGUGAGCUUUCUGUAACACAGACACAGUAUUUUCUGCUUCUAAACGACCUGCAACGAGGGAAACAAAGAUUGACAUUGCUGCUAAAAAGGAUUCCUUCAAAUCAUGUCCCAGGACAAGAGUGGAUACCCAGUAAUGGGUGAGACCAACCCACUCCAAAACAAUGUCUAUGGUCCGCCUCCUCAGCCAGGCUUUGGUAUGCCCCCUCCGAACUACAACCAAGCUCCAGGUCCAUACCCUCCAGCAGCUGGUUUCGGACAGCCAGGGUUCCCUCAGGGUGCUCCUGGGUUUGCCCCUGGUCCCUACCCACAGAUGCCCUAUCCCCAGGGACCCUACCCUCAGGGGCCUUAUCAACAAGGACCCGCACAGCCAGGCUUUCCUGCAGACGCCAAUGCUAUGGGUAGCCCAGGCUAUGGUGAUGGACCACCAUCUUACUACGACAAUGAUGAAUUCACCAAUUCUGGCUUUGAAGAUAAGACUGUUCGACAAGCCUUUAUUAGAAAGGUCUUCAUGGUACUCACUGUACAGCUGCUGGUCACAUUCUCUUUUGUUGCUGUGUUCACUUUUGUUGAUGAUGCCAAGUACUUUGUGCGACGUAAUCCAUGGACAUACUACGUAUCCUAUGCAGUUUUCUUUGUGGCUUUAAUCCUCCUGAGUUGCUGUGGUGACUUCCGCCGCAAACAUCCAUGGAAUCUGGUCGCACUGUCCAUCUUGACUCUGAGCCUCUCCUAUAUGUUGGGAAUGAUUGCUAGCUUUUAUGACACUGAGACAGUCAUCAUUGCAGUGGGCAUCACGGCUGUGGUCUGCUUCACUGUCGUUCUGUUCUCCCUACAGAGCAAGUAUGACUUCACUUCCUGUCGGGGUGUACUGUUUGUGUGCCUGAUAGUCCUAAUGGUUUUUGCUAUUCUCUGUAUCUUCAUUCGUCACAAGAUCCUGCACAUUGUCUAUGCCUCACUGGGGGCUUUGCUCUUCACUUGCUUUUUGGCUGUAGACACUCAGUUGCUACUGGGAAACAAGAAGCAAGCAUUAAGCCCCGAGGAGUAUAUUUUUGCUGCUCUCAGCCUCUACACUGACAUUGUCAACAUUUUCCUCUACAUCUUGUCUAUUGUGGGACAUUCCCGUGAAUAAGUGGUAUCAUGAAGAAAGAAGAGGGCUUGAGAAAUGCAUGUCUUUUCUCAUAACCCAUCUACUUGUUGCUUGUUCUUUUUUGUCACACUGGUUUUAAAGAAAUGAAGUUGUAAAGAGCAGCUGAUAA